AUGUUUCAACAAACCAACCCAGCUUUUGAGAUCCCGAAGGAAGGUUGGGGCGGCGUGGUGAAAAAUGAGGGCCCAGAUUUCUAUAUCGAAGUGGAGAAAGUGCCUGUGCCUGAAGUUGGCCCUAACGACGUCCUGAUCAAACUCAACUGCACCGGCCUAUGUCUCACUGACGUCCAUUGUAUGCUCAAUGAUUGGGGCACACCCAAAAUGUCCGCCUCUGGCAUUAAAUGCGCGGGUCACGAGGGUGCUGGAGUGAUCGUCAAGGUCGGAGAACGGGUCACAAGCUACAAGGUUGGUCAGCGAGCUGGUAUCAAACCUGUCCUUGAUGUUUGCCAUAUAUGCGAAUACUGCCGCAGUGGAAGAGAAACAUACUGCCAGAAAGCCGUCUUGGCUGGUGGUCAUGCCGAUGGUUCAUAUAAACAGUAUAUUAUAUCACCAGAACGCUACACUACUAUAAUUCCCGAUGGCGUUCCUGACUAUAUUGCUGGCCCAGCGAUGUGCUCUGCUUCGACAAUUUAUACUGCUAUCAAGAAUUCGGAGGUCAGGCCCGGUGAAUGGGCCGUUUUCCCUGGAGGUGGCGGCGGUGUCGGUAUCCAAGGUGUCCAACUGGCGGUAGCUAUGGGUAUCCGGCCUGUUGUAGUCGAUACCGGCAAGGAAAGAGAAGAAUUGGCCAAGAAGUACGGUGCGGAGUAUUUCGUCGACUUUAAGGAGGUGGAGGACCCUGUGAAGAAGGUCAUAGAGUUGACUGAAGGUGGUGGCCACGUUUGUUUCGUCACAGCGGUGCAAUCGUACCCAGUUGCUCUUGAUUACUUAGGCUCCCGUGUGGGUGCCAAGGUGAUGUGUAUUGGAAUCCCUGCGGCGGGAAAGUUCAACCUGGACAUCCCUCCGGCGACACUGAUCUACAAAGGUCAAUCCGUUAUGGGCACCUUUGUCAGCAGUUUGGUUGAUAUUGAUGAAACCUUGGCUUUCGCCUGCAGAGGUAAACUCCAUUUGGAGCCGACCGUGGUGGGCCUGAGCAAGUGGAACGAGUCUAUACAAAAGCUCAAGAAUGGUCAGGUUGCAGGGCGUAUCGUGGUUGACUUUAACCUACCAUAG